CGAUUCAGUAACUUGUUGGCGUCGGUUCGGAUUGGAAGUUUCUCUAGUAACAUUGCUCGCGAGGCGUCUUGACUCGUUAGUUUUAUUUGUUUGUUUUUGCUGUGGAUUUGGUCAGGUUAGGCCAUUCAAAACGUGCGCGCCCCUUUUGAAGGUCCGGAAGUAUAGCACGUAAUUUUGCUGUUUGCGAUCGCGUUUGAAUAACUGGAUCUCGUCCUUCUACAGAUAAGCUGCAUUUUAGGUACCGAAAGGAAUAAUAUACACCGGAAAAAUGCAUCAACCAACAGUUGUCAUCACAGCUGCUCCAGCCGUAGGACCUCAAUCAACCACUCUGGUGUGCCCGUCAUGUCGAGCGCAUAUUUCGACACGUGUUGAGCACAAGUCCACCACCAAAACUCACAUCAUGGCUCUGUUGCUGUUUGUGUUCUGCUGCUGGCCUUGUGUUUGCGUACCUUACUGUUGCGAUUCGUGCAGGAAUGCCGAUCAUUACUGUCCUAAUUGUAGUGCAUUUAUUGGAAGUCAUCAGCAUUAGGUUAGGCGUCAAACUACCGGUGAAUUACUUUAAUCCCUUCACAUCUAUGAACGCAUUAGUUAUGGAUGCAAACAGAGGAGAGAUAUAAUUUUAAGCUAACAACACUGCGGAAAAACUAAACGCACAACUUAUUGAACCAAAUUUGUUUAAGAUAAGAAAAAAGAAAAGAGUUAAAUCGAAUAUCAGAUAAUAAAAUUAAGAA